AUGGCAGAAUUGAGAAUGCUUUAUCCAACAGUUGUCACUGCACCUUCAGCAUCUUCAGCAUCACUUAGUGCACCAGUCGCUAGUAGCCAUCAAUUACUGGCGGAUAGUAACCAACGCCAUCAGCCACAGCAACAGCAGCUUCACGUAAUGGAUGAAGAGGAAGAUCUUGGCUCUGUCUCUUCUGAUGGUGGUCGUUCCUCAGCUGCCAGUCAUGCUGUUGGCUUAACCACAAAUAAAUUAGCAAUGGAAUCUCACGUGAAACGGCCAAUGAAUGCUUUCAUGGUUUGGUCGAGAGGUCAACGACGAAAAAUGGCUCAGGAUAAUCCUAAAAUGCACAAUAGUGAAAUCAGUAAACGUUUAGGUGCUGAAUGGAAGCAGUUAUGUGAUGCAGAGAAAAGGCCUUUCAUUGAUGAAGCAAAACGUCUACGGGCAUUGCACAUGAAGGAACAUCCAGAUUACAAGUAUCGACCACGUCGGAAACCAAAAACUUUACCGAAGAUGAAGGAAAAAUAUCGCUUUGCCUUGCCUUUCACCUCAUUCCCUUCAUCUAAUUUGCUAGGACAACAAACAAUAACCCCAACAACACCAUUUUAUCCCUCAAUGCAUCCUCUCGAUAUGGCUGCUAAAAUUGCAGCUGAGAGUGCGGCACUAUCGAAAGCUACCGAAUUUCCUUAUUAUACACCAUUCUUUCAUCCCGCUGCUUCGGCUAAUAGCACAAGUCUAAUGCCUGCUUACAAUCCAUAUGAUCUGCAACGAAAUGUAUUGGCUGCCUAUGCGAUGAAGACGAACGUUAUGGCACAAGCAGCUGCUGCUGCAGCUGCAGUACAAUCACCUACAUCCAGUUGUAGUAACAGUAUAUGCUUAAGCAAUAACAAUAAUGGUAACGAACAUAGUAGAGAUGGAAUAACAUCAGUGAUAUCAUCAUCAACUUCAUCAAAUUUGUGA